AAAAGAUAAUUCAGGCAGCAAUAUUGAUAAAGCGGCUGUCGAUAGUGAUUUAAAAAGUAUAAAUUCACUUAAAAAAAAUAAAUGUACAAUGGAUGAUAAAAGGGUUAGUCAAACACCGGUUGAUUGCAUCACCGAAUCAACAUUAGACUCAAAAGAAAACACAAUUCCGGUCAAAUUUACAAGCCCUGCUGCGGCACAACAGGUGGAUAAAAAUAUAAACACAACGAUAGAGUCAAUUCCAUGUACAGCAAUACAAAAAUUUAAUCCAAACAUGCGUUUUAUACGUAAAAGUGUGGAACAAUCAGCACGGAACAUAAACACAAACUAUUUAGAACUUGAGACAGAAUUUCCACGCGAUUAUGAUGAUAACAUUGAAAUGCUGUCCCGCGAGGCGGAACACUUAGAAGAGCAGUUCCGUACUCCAACUAGAACUAGUACAACGGAUUUGACUGGUCAGCACAAUUCUUCAACGCCUAAUGUUGCACUAUCCUGUGAACCUUUGACACAAGUAAUAACAAUACCUACUGAUGUUAGUCAGAUACCUGUAGAUAAUACUCUGUCGAGAUCAAAUAAAGAAACCAAAUCAAAAGAAGGUAUUGGAAAUGUGAAACGUGUAGUAUUUAAAGUGGAAGAUAAAUUUGAAGACAGCAGUGUUAUACCAAAAGGGAUUACAAAAAUAUCGCAAUGCUUUGAGUUAGGUCCAAAAGAUGCAUCAGUCGAUGAAAAAUCUGAAGCUUACAUAACUUUAGCUGCAGAAACGGGUCAAGUAAAAGCUACUCAGUCUUGUACCAUUAUACCGAAAUCGUCAUUGUCAUCUAUCGUAAAUGCGACGGCUCUUUCGUCAUCUGCUAGCACUCCAGCCAUAAGCAAACCCUAUAUUAAAGAUGAUGAUGAUGAACCUGUUGCUAUGUCACCAUGUGGUCGCUUUUUUAAAUACGACAAAGAAGUUGGACGUGGUAGUUUUAAAACAGUUUAUAGAGGUUUGGAUACAGAGACAGGAGUUGCUGUAGCCUGGUGUGAGUUAUUGGACAAGCAAGUGAAAAAGAGUGAGCGUAAACGUUUUCGUGAAGAAGCGGACAUGUUAAAAAAGCUGCAACAUCCCAAUAUUGUGCGUUUUUAUACUUAUUGGGAAUUCACAAUAUCUCGUAGGAAAAAUAUUGUUCUAGUCACGGAAUUAAUGCUUUCCGGAACUCUAAAAUCAUAUCUUAAACGUUUCAAGAAAAUAAAUCCAAAGGUUCUUAAGUCUUGGUGUCGUCAAAUUUUAAAAGGUUUACAUUUUUUACAUACCCGCCAGUUGCCCAUAAUUCAUCGUGAUUUAAAGUGCGAUAAUAUAUUUAUAACUGGAACCACUGGUAGUGUUAAAAUAGGUGAUUUGGGUCUGGCUACACUUAAAAAUCGUUCGCAUGCUAAAUCUGUUAUUGGUACUCCAGAAUUCAUGGCACCUGAAAUGUAUGAAGAACAUUAUGAUGAGUCUGUUGAUGUAUACGCUUUCGGUAUGUGCAUGUUGGAAAUGGCAGUGUCAGAAUAUCCAUAUAGUGAAUGUAAGGGACCAGCUCAAAUAUACAAGAAAGUUAUAUCUGGCAUUAAGCCGGCCGCUUUGAGUAAAGUUGAGGAUCCCAAAGUCAGAGAAAUUAUAGAAAAAUGUAUUGAAUUAAAAAAAGAAGACCGUCCAAGUUGUAAGGAUUUGUUGAAUUCCGAAUUUUUCGAAGAAGACAUUGGCAUUCGUGUAGAACCAACUGCAACCGAAGCAUUCUUUAAUAAUCCCGAUAACAAUGUUAUUGAAUUUCGGUUACGAUUUUUGGAUCCCAAAAAACGUUCUUCCAAACACAAAGAAAAUGAGGCCAUACAAUUCGAGUUUGAUAUAAAAAAGGAUGAUUGUGAACAACUAUGUCAUGAUAUGAAGCAAGAGAAUAUCAUAUCUGAAGAAGAUGCCAGGGCUGUGGUAAGACUGUUAAAGGUACAAGUAUACUCCCUAUCAAAAGAACGUAUUCAGCGUCAGACGCAAUUACAAUUACAAAAUGAAAAAUCUCGUUUGGAAAAAUUAGCUUUACAAAAGCAACGAGAAUUGCUACCACCAAAUGUCGAAGAAGAGGAGGAAGAAGAUGAGGUUGAUUCCGAAGAUGACGAUGAUGCCAAGAAAAUAAAUCCACAACUACCCCAGCAACCAGCAACUUUACAAAGCGAUGAUGUUAUUCAACGAAACGUGGAAAUUGAUGAACCACAACAAAAUCAAACGUUUGCGGAUUAUCAGCAGCCAUUAAUGACUUCUCCGUGUAGUUUUACCUCAAAUCCACAAGAUGUACAACCGCCAAAACAAGCGUUAUCGCCCACAACCGUUCCCUCUAAAGCCCAGUACUAUAAUUCCCAAACAUCUCCACAACAGUCAUUGUCAAACACAGCUGGCAGUCAAUCGCAAGUGAACUACGCAACACAACAACCAAAUCCACAGGAACAAACAGUAACUUUACAAACACAGUCACCAAAUUUACAAAACCAACCACAGCUUUCCACUCCUUCACAACAAUUUCCUACACAGUAUACAGCACAACAAGCAGCCCAGCAAACACAAAAUGUAGUGCAAAUAAAUCAACAAAUUAUGCAAACACCAUGUAUGCCACAGGAAAUAACUAUUCAGCAGCAAGUUCCACAACAGCAAGUUGACACACAGCAAACAAAUCUGCAGCAAAUGUCUUUGCCUCAACUUAAUAGUACACAAAUGAAUCAACCAGUCCAACAGCCACCUUCAGAUCCUGUCAUACAAAAACAACAACAAACGACAACAUCACAAUCUACAUCUCAGCAGCCAAAGUUAGAGGAACCAAGCUCUCAAACCCCCAACAAAAAUGCUUACAAUCCCUCUCCAUCACAUUCGCAUCAACAACAUUCAGAAGAUAAAUCAGCAAAACCAAAGCCUCGUCGUUCAACGCGCAGUGGCACUACUGAUCGCGUACCAAAAUUAAGCGUGACUGGUAUAGAAUACGGCACCGUAAUUAAUUGUCAUAUGGAAAACAAACAAAAGACUAUAACAUUUAAAUUUGAUAUACGCGAUGUAAAUCCAGUGGAAGUAGCUGGCAAAUUGAUUGCACAGGAUUUACUUUCUCAAUGUCAAAAUAAUGCAUUCAUCGAAAUGAUUAACGAUAUUAUUCGCCAAGUUAAAUCAAAUUCUAACAAAAUUCCGGUACCUGCAAUUUAUAAGAAAAAUAUUGAAAUGGUACGACAUGCGUCUUUAACACGACAACGGUCGGCAUUCAGGACCCAUCAGCGGCAUAGAUCUCGCGACGAGACUUCUAUCGAUCUGUCUAAAAUGUUUGAUUCUAACACAACAACAGUGUUACUAACCGGAUCUAAUUUAAAUAUCGGUGAAAAUCUUAGCUCUAGUCUUACAGCAUUAAAUAAAACGUCUAUGGAUGGAGGUGAUAAUUCGGAUCCCGCUACGAAAAUACAGCAGCAUCAGCAAAAACCAGAUUUAAAUAUCGUUGGCAAUAUGUGUUCAACACCAAUAUCGUCAUCCACACCAACUACUACAUCUGAAGGCGGUUACAAUAGCAGCGAUAAUGUGAUCUCUUCAGCGUCUACGUCUCGUAAAGCUAGUACCGCGUCAGAGUACACAUCACUUUCAUCUGAUUACACACCGGACAACACAAUUACACCAAACUCAGCAUUUUUAGCAGAAAAUGCACGUAACACACGUUAUUUUGAACUUAACGAAAGUGUUGAUGUGACAAACAGUGAUAGUAACGCUAAAGACAAUGUACAAAAAACAACAUCUACGACAAACACCAACCUGGAAAGUACUGAGGAAAUUAUAUGCACAAACGAUGAUACAUCUAUCCCGAUGGAUACCGAUGAAAAUCAAAGCACUCAACCAAGCAAUGCAACUGUUACAAAUCCAACAGCAGCUCGGAAAAUAUCUAGAUUUUAUGUCAAUCCUGUAGUAUUACCAAAUUCUAGUGGCAUUUCCGUCAUCACUACCACAGCACCUCCGACAGGAAAUGUGAACGAUAUACAACAACAUGUUAAAUAUAACAUAGAAGAGGCAGAAAACAAUACAGAUCAAAGCUGCAAAAAAAGCUCAACUACAUCACCAUCAAAUACGGAAAAUAAAGAAAAUUCAGAACAAACAACGGACAAAUUUGCCACUAAUGAUGAUGUAGUUACGGCAAAUAAUGUAACGAAACCACCAGGUUUUGGAACCAGUUCUGUUACAAAUACGGGUAGCAACACGAACAAUUCAUUAGAACAACUUAAAAUUGAAUUGGAAAACAUAACACAUGCGCAAGCAUUUGCCUCAGCUAUUGUGGCUUCUAUUAACAACGAUCAAGUCAAUAUACAACAACAGCAAACAACAUCCCAGCCACAUAUUAGUUUACAGCAAACUCAAGAAGAGAAAUCAGUAGCGAAUACGUCAUGUCAUUCUUUGGGUCACAGCACACCGACUGGUCCGUUGAGCUCUACAAGAUCUUCUUCAACAUAUAAUUCCCGAAGAACUUCUCUUGACAAUAGUGUUGGUAAUGAUUUGCAAAAUUUAACUAAUCUUAUAGAGAGUAAUGAAAGUGUACAAGCCCAAUAUACAAAUUUGGAAAAUGAUAUAACGGAGAAUACUCAAGUUUUUCAAAAGCUCUCGAAGCAAAAUAGUUUGGAAAAAACGGUGCAAUCAAUUUCAGCAGGUAGCGCUGAUUCAACAACAAAUAAUUUCAAUCAACGACAAGGUGCUCUUACUCAAAGUUCAAUAGCAGAUCUAGAGAAAAAAUUGGCUGCCCUAAGGAAUGCUGAAAUAACAGAUGAGACUAAAAAUUCAACUACAUCAACCACUCAAAGUCAAGUUGAAGAUGAGCAGCAACGUGGUGGCGUGCGCAAAAUUUCGCGCUUUUGUGUGAGCCGCGUUCAGGAGCAAAAAUCUAGCGAAAAUGCAAGCAAUAAAAAGUCGACAAAUGACAUAGUAACACCUCCAUUAGACAUUCCUCCUAAUAUCGAUUUACAAGCAGAGAAUAGUGGCAAUACCAAUGAUAUAAGUAGCUUAAUUAAUACGCCUACGGAGCAGUUAACUACGCCUUUAAGUUGCUCGCAACAACCGCACCAACAGUUUCAACCAGAGCCUGCUAACUCAAGUGCUGUAACUGCUAUUAUUUUACCCUUACCGACACAAAUACAGCCACCAGUAUUAGAUUUGCAACAACAAACACAACCAGCGGUUUUAUAUAAUCCUAGUAACAGCAAUUCAACAGUUCAGAUGCAGCAACAACUUGUGGAACAACAAAAUAUUCCAACUGCUGGCACACAAAUUUUAAUGCCAAAUUUACAGCAACCAUUAUCCCAAAAUACGACUACGUCACUAAAUCAACAAAAAACAGUAGCUUCUUCGAUUCCUGCAGAGACGCCAAAGCAACAACCACAACAUACUCCCACUUUAAUACCUCAGCAACUGACAACUACUCAGCAAUCCAGUAUGCUGACACUUCAAACAAAUCUGACUCAGCCACAAAUUCCGCCAACUCAACCAGUCCCUGUUAUUCGUUCUUUACUUACACCAACAUUACCACAAAAUUCCACAUCGUAUAUUAUUCAACCGCCUUCGCUAAAACAUAUGGUAAAUCCAGUUUAUUCACAGCAAUCGCAGAUUCAAACCACUAACCAGCAACCAAUUUAUAUGCACAGCGAUGGUGUUGAAAAUUCUAUGCGCAUGCAAAUGCCUCAGGAAGAACCCGUAUCCUUAGCAGCCACGCACCCCAAUUUACUUCCAACAGUCAUACAAUCGGAUAUAAAACAUAAUUUGGACUCUUUGGUAAACCAGCUGUGCAGUUUACGAUUGGGUACAAAUCAACACCAACGAUUGUUACUUUUAAGACAACGUCAGCUGAUUGAAGAAGAUGAGUUGCGAUUGAAGCAUUACGUCGAAUAUGAGAAGUUUCAAAAGGCUAUGCGUCAAUCUAAUGAUGUUCCAACUCAACAGCCUCUUUUGUAUAUACAGCCAUCUGGUGCAGGUCAACAAGGCUUUAUUAAUUUUGCUGGCAGUUUUAUACCUAAUACAGGGCAAUCCGCUCACACUCAACAACAAAUUGUCAAUACGAACUCACAAACAGCUGCUAUGUCAGCCGCAGCACAAGGUUAUACUGUUAUGUUUAAUCCUCAGUUAACUAUGCCAACACAAACGCAGCAUUCAGCAGCUUUGCAGCAGCAAAUUAGCUCGCCAUAUACUAUUUUAACAAAUCAAAAUAUGCAACUACAACAGCAACUACAGGCUCCUCCUAAACAAUUCCAAACGAGUUCAGGUUUACAACAAAGUUCCGCAGAUUCAACACAUAACCAACAGUUAGUUAAUCAGAACUCAUCUGGAACAGACGCUAAUUCUAAGUAAAGUUAGGCAGCAAGUUUCAUUUAAAUGCGGAAUUCCGAUAAAAGCGUUUCGAAUACAGAAGAGCUCAGGUUGAGUGACACUACAUCCAAAUCAAAUGUGUUUAAAACUAAAAGGAAAUCCCAUAACCUUUAAAUUUAUUCAUUUAUCAUUUGAGAAAAAAAUUGUUAUUAAAUAUUCCUGUACACGCAAUAUAUGUAUAUAGAAUUUGAUUGAAACAAAAUAUAAAAUGCAAAAAUCGGUUGAAAAAUA